AUGCCGCUAGAAGUAGCAUCUCAGGUCUCCAGCUCUGGAAUACACUACAUCUCGUGUGGACCUCAGGAUACUGGACCUACCUUGCUAUGCGUCCACGGAUGGGCCUGUAGGAGUGCGGACUUCUUAUAUGUCUUUGACGAAUUCAUCAAGCAUGACUCUGACUUCAGGGCAAUUGCUCUUGACCUUCCCGGCCACGGCUCGUCUUCGACCGAGCACUACCCGACUGCUGGCGUGGACUCGUUUGCCAGAGCAGUGCUGGACCUGAUGGAUGAGCUAUCUCUUGAGAAAAUCGUUCUAGCUGGCCACAGUAUGGGCGUCAGAAUCGUCCUCGAGACAUGGCAGCAGGCUAUGUCCGCGGAGAGACCCCAAGUCCAAGGCCUUUGCUUUCUGGACGGCAGCCACUACAAGUUCCGCAAAUCUCUCUUCGCCUUCGACAGUGGAGAUGCACGCAGCGCAUCUCUGACGGAUGAAGAGAAGCACGAGAAGAUGGCGGAAGCUUUUGAUCGGAUGCUGUCUUCGGCAACGCCAAAGGACUUUCGAGAGGCGGCUAUUGAUCAUGUCAAAGCUAUCGAUCUCCAGUACAGCGAGGACAUGCGCAAAUCGUUUAUUCAGUACGACUACGACAGGACAGACGACGUCAUGGAGAACUUAGGCAAGGCGGACAUGCCGAUACUAAGCAUCCAGGCUACGGAUGUCGAUGAGGAGAAUCAGCGGAGGAUGUUGCAGGAGGGCAAAGACUCAAGGUGGAUGCAGUUUGUGUGUACGAAGGUACCACAAGCAAAAAUGGCUGUAGUGCCGCAAAGUGGGCACUUUCCGCACGUCGACAGGCCGCAGAUUGUGGCAGCGCAUUUGAAGGACUUAAUGCGAAGCCCUUGA